GCCGGCCGGGCAAAGGCAGACGCUUGACUCGGGGCUCCUGCCAACACACUCGCAGCCACAAUGGCCGAAGACGCUGACAUGCGCAAUGAGUUGGAAGAAAUGCAGCAGCGUGCUGACCAGAUGACUGAUGAGAGCAAAGAUGCUGGUAUCAGGACUUUGGUUAUGUUGGAUGAGCAAGGAGAACAACUGGAACGCAUCGAAGAGGGAAUGGACCAAAUCAAUAAGGACAUGAAGGAAGCAGAAAAGAAUUUGACGGACCUAGGAAAAUUCUGUGGUCUUUGUGCCUGUCCUUGUAACAAGCUUAAAUCAAGCGAUGCUUAUAAAAAAGCUUGGGGCAACAACCAAGAUGGCGUGGUGGCCAGCCAGCCAGCCCGCGUGGUGGACGAGCGAGAACAGAUGGCUAUCAGCGGUGGCUUUAUCCGCAGGGUAACAAACGAUGCCCGGGAAGGCGAGAUGGAUGAAAACCUGGAACAAGUUGGUGGCAUGAUUGGAAAUCUCCGUCACAUGGCCCUGGAUAUGGGCAAUGAGAUUGACACACAGAACCGCCAAAUCGACAGGAUCAUGGAGAAGGCUGUUUCCAACAAAAACAGGAUCGAUGAGGCCAACCAACGUGCCACAAAGAUGCUGGGCAGCGGCUAAACCCCGCCAGGGACCGCGCCUCCGGACCCCCCCUGUCCCCCACAGGCAGCCCACCCCUCCCGCUUUCAUCAUGGUAUUUACCGACUAGGUUUGCACACAGGCACAUAUCAGUCCUUCCUCCGCCCGCCCACCACGUUGUAAAUGUUGUCCUGUGUAGGUUGUCGGCUUUCCAAAAAUGAUACUUGUAAAUUAUUUUUAUUUUUCCCAGAUCUCUUUUCGUUCCAAAGGGUUGUAUAUAGUUAACUGAUUUGAUGGCUUAUCGCUCACGAUGACGUUUGUCUGUUGGGAUUUAUUCCCCCCCCCCUUUCUUUCCAUCUGUCUGGGUGUUCCUCACCACACCCACCCACCCUUUAUUUUGUUUUUCAGUCGAUGGGUUGCUUUUUUAAAAAAAUAAACUAAUUCAUGAUGUUUUGCCGAAUGACAAAAAAUGUAGGAAUGCUUAACGUGCUGUUAAACUUUGAACUCUACAGUAUUGUUCUUGUAAAACUGUUCACAUUCCACAGAGCUCCUGCUACCAGAAGUCCUUUAUUUGAGUGUCACGUUGUUUAAAAAAAAGCACUUAAGGAUUUGGUGUUCUCUCGGUUACUCUCCAUCGCUGUCAUCUGUUGUUAUGAGUUCAUGAUUAGACAAUGUGGAAUUAUAUAACUUAUAACAAGCAUUGCACUAAAACAAAAACAAAAAAAAUUACAAGUGAUGUGAUUUAUGCAUUUAUUGCAUGAGAAAAUAGACUUCUUAGACUCCUUAACUUAAGUGAGACCUUUCCAUGGCAGUAACAACAUCAACGAUGACAAAUGAAAAGUACUAAGAAUGCGCAUGCUCCGGAUCGGGACACUGUCAGGACUAUUAUACCAGCAAGUUUGCAGUAGUACCACGUUAUUUCUUCUUGUCAAUAUAUAUAUAUAUAUUAUAUAUAUAUAUAAAUAUAAAUAUAUAUAGUUAUGAGCCAUGUUCAUUUCUUAUUUUGUCCCCUUCCUUUUUUCCUUCUUUUUCUAAUUUUGGUUUCAAACAGAGAUGGAUUUGGUACUCACUCUUUAACCAUUGCCAGCAAAUUAAACGUUUGGCUGAAACGAUGUCAAGGACAACCACGACAACACACGCACACACACACACACACACAAUUAAAAAGCAACAACAAAUAAGAAAUAGGUGUAAUAUAUAUAUAGAGUUUGUCUGCCGCUUUCAAAGACCGUCUUUUUUGGGGGGAAUGGCUAUCAUAUGAAAUGUUGCAGAGAAAUGUAAUUUUUAUAAGGUUCUCUCUCUCUUUCUAGCUUCUCUCUCUCUCUCUCUUUCUCUCUCUUUCCCUAUGUGGUUUGUUAUCGGUAGAGUUAUCCGUUGCUUACCUAGAGCUAUGCACACCAAAAUCACUGCGAUGUUUAGUAGCUGAGUUGUUAAUUUUAACAAAAAAACAAAGAAAAAAAAUAACCUUACAUGAAUGAAAUCUAGAUUAAAUUGUGAGAUUAAGUAUAGUUGAUGCAUGUAAUAUGAAAUUCCUUCCGUCUCCUGUCAGUUUGUGAUGUGAUUGACAUUUUGUAGCUAGUUUAAAAAUAUUAAAAAAGUAUAGACCUCA